CAUGGAGGGCAGGCAGGGGAAAAUCCAGAAAGAACUUUUGAUUUGGUAUUGAAAGUGAAGUGUCAUGCCUCUGAAAAUGAAGGUCCUGUGGUACUGUGGAAAUUCCCAGAGGACUUUGGAGACCAGGAAGUACUGCAGAGCGUGCCCAAGUUCUGUUUUCCCUUUGACGUGGAAAGGGCAUCUCAGAAUCAAGUUGGACAGCACUUUACCUUCGUACUGACAGACAUUGAAAGUAAGCAGAGAUUUGGGUUCUGCAGACUCACAUCAGGAGGCAGAAUUUGUUUAUGUAUUCUUAGUUACUUGCCGUGGUUUGAAGUGUACUAUAAGCUUCUCAACACUCUGGCAGAUUACUUGGCGAAGGAACUGGAAGAUGAUUUGAAUGAAACUCUCAAAUCACUCUAUAACCACCCAGUACCAAAGGCAAACACACCCGUCAACCUGAAUGUGAACCAAGAGCUAUUUAUUGCCAGUGAGCAAGUUCUGAAAGAUCAGCCCUCACUGAUGCCGCACUCCUGUUUCAUCGCCCCUGACAUCACUGGACUCCCAACGAUACCAGAGAGUAGAAACCUGACAGAGUACUUCGUUGCUGUGGAUGUGAACAACAUGCUGCGACUGUAUGCCAGCAUGCUGCAUGAGAGGCGCAUCAUUAUUACCUCGAGCAAAUUAAGCACUUUAACCGCCUGUCUCCAUGGAUCCGCUGCUCUGCUCUACCCGAUGUACUGGCAGCACAUAUACAUCCCUGUGCUUCCUCCACACCUGCUGGACUACUGCUGUGCCCCAAUGCCAUACCUGAUUGGAAUACACUCCAGUCUCAUAGAGAGAGUGAAAAAUAAAUCAUUGGAAGAUGUGGUUGUGUUAAAUGUGGACACAAACACGUUAGAAUCACCAUUUAAUGACUUGAGCAACCUCCCCAGUGAUGUGGUCUCGGCCUUGAAAAAUAAGCUGAAGAAGCAGUCCACGGCUACAGGAGACGGAGUGGCUCGGGCCUUUCUGAGGGCGCAGGCGGCUUUGUUUGGAUCCUACAGGGAUGCUCUGAGAUACAAGCCAGGUGAGCCCAUCACCUUCUGUGAGGAGAGCUUUGUAAAGCACCGCUCUAGUGUGAUGAAACAGUUCCUGGAAACUGCAGUUAACCUUCAACUGUUUAAGCAGUUUAUUGAUGGUCGACUGGCAAAGCUUAAUGCAGGAAGGGGUUUCUCCGAUAUAUUCGAAGAAGAGAUCACUGCAGGGGGCUUCUCUGGAGGGAGCCCAAGGUCAUAUCAGCAGUGGGUGCAUACCGUCAAGAAAGGAAGUGCGUUGUUCAACACAGCGAUGACCAAAGCGACCCCUGCCGUGCGGACCGCGUACAAAUUUGCAAAGAGUCACGCCAGACUGGGACUAAAGGAGGUGAAGAGCAGGCUGAAACACAAGGAAAAUGAGGAAGAUUAUGGGACCUGUUCUGGUUUGGUGCAGUAUACACCAGUUUAUACAUUACACAAUGAAACGGGAGGAAACAGAGAGAAGCAUAAGCUUUCCCAGGCACACUUGAGAAGGCCUCAUAAGAGCCUCGAUGGUACCCUGUAUGAUGAUGACGAUGACAUUGAGCGAGCAAGCAAGGUGUCUUCUGAAGACGGUGAAGAAACAUCUGUGUAUUUCUACGAAAGUGACGACUCGGUGGAAGCACCAGUGAAGGCCCCUUACUCGGGUGAGAUGGACUUGCUGGGAGAGAUCCUGGACACGCUGAGCACACACAGCUCCGACCAGGGCAAGCUGGCAGCUGCCAAGAGCCUGGAUUUCUUCAGAUCCAUGGAUGACAUUGAUUACAAACCUACGAACAAGUCCAACACUCCCAGUGAGAAUAACCUGGCCCUACUAUGUGCUUCUGGUGAUCAAGGAGAAUGGAAUCUUGGGCAGGACGACAGUGCCCUCCAUGGCAAGCAUCUCCCUCCAUCCCCCAGGAAAAGAGUUUCCUCUAGUGGGUUGACAGACUCUCUGUUUAUCCUGAAAGAGGAGAACAGUGAAAAGCCCCCCUGUGCUGACAGGAUGAGUGGCCCCACUGUGGGGGACAAGCCAGUUUCUACUUCAGGAUUGGGUUUCCGGCCAGCUUCCCCCAAGGCUGCAUCUCAGAUAGGUGAAAGAGAAGCAGAGCUGGAGGAGACACGAAGCCAGGCUUCAGAGCAUCUGCUGGUACCCAGCCUCGGCAGCCGCCAGUCUACUUUCGUUCCCUGGGAGAAGGCAGGGAAAGAGCAUAAGGAGCCUUCAGAAGAUGGUGGACUGCUCCAAGAAGUAGUGUCGUUGUGCCACAUGUCAUGUGACUUCCAACAAGGUCCCAACAUUUCAGAAGAAAAGAGGAGUGCAAACCAAACUUAAGCUACCAGUCAAGGGUCAGUCACUUGCCUCUUGGCUUCUCCAGAGACAUGUGGAAUUAAUUCCCUGUGAUGCAUACAGUAAACAGAAUCACUCAUAGGAAUGAAAACUCUUACUACUGUUUAAGUGUUUUCUUUGGAAUGUCUCCCCAUCUGUUCAUCUCAUGGACCUGUGUUAUCCAUUGGUUUUCUGGCAUAAAAUGAAUUCUACUGUGCUGUUAAAUCAGGUACUAAUUUGUAUAUAGGCUGAAAGUGUGUUUGGAACAUAAGCUUUCCCAGUAUUUGGUGCUUAAUGCCGUUUAUUUUAUUUAAACUAAGUGAGCAUAUGUAACUCCUACAUAUAACCAGUAGUUACUGUACUAAUCUGGUCGAGCAUGAACUGAUGUCAAACCUGAUGAAAAAAAAAAAAAGAAAUAGCCUGAAACUGAUGAAACAGUUAACCCACUAAUUGCCUUAAUCUUCCAGUUAUGUUAAGCAUACAGAUCAUGUGUGAUGCUACAUGCAAAACUUGAAAGAGGAGUUAUCUUGUCUUUCAGAGCAAUAAUGCCUUUUUCUAUCACAGAAUUAAGCUCAUCAUUUUUUCAAGUUUAAAUGCUCUGUAGUGGAACUAAUUUGCUUUCAUAAAGACACUGCAGCCAUGUUUUCCAAACAGUAUAAGUGUGCAUAUUGACCUUUCACUCAGUGAAAUCCAUGAAGUGCUGAAAUACAAUGUGAAGUUAAAAGCUUCUGUUUACAAAGAAGCCACUCAGACAAUGUUUGGUCUCUGUACGCCAUGGUGACUGGGGUCCACCUCGAGAAAGCCAGAUGCCCUGCAGAGUCCAGAGAAGCAACUGUCCUGUUCUUCUCGUAACUGAUUCGCCAUGAAGAUGCUCGUAGCCUUACCUUGUGUUUGCUUUUUUAAAAUAAUUGACUUUGUGUUGUAAAUGGUCUAGAUUUAUAGAAAAAUGUGAAGAUGGUACUAAGUUCCCAUCUCCCUGGGCCCUGUUUCUGCUGUUGCUAGUGUCUUCGGUUAGUGUGCUGCAUUUGCCAGUGUUGAUAUUGGACAUGGUGUUCAGAGCUCGGGCUUGUCCCUCAAGUCCCCUUUCUGCCCCGUUGUCCCCUCAGAGUCCUAGAUUACAUUCUGUUAUCCUGUCUGCUGGGUUCCUCUGCCCCUUGGCACUUCACUUUCUUGGUUUUGAUGACCGUGGAAGUUUCAGGAAUAUUGGCCAGAUGUAUUGCCCCCUGGCCAGCUCUUGGAAUUUGUCUGCUAUUUUUCUCAUUGUUACGCUGGGAUUGUACAUUUGAAGGAGAAGAUCGUAGAAGUAAAGUGCCAUUUUCACAGUGUCUUAAAGUGUGUGUGGGGGGCAAGCACAUUCCACAUAGUGUUGACUUUGGACACCUGCUGGGUUUCUCCACUGUAAGCUUGUUCCCUCACACCUUCUGUUCUGGUGCAGGCAGGCAGGAGGAAGGGAGGGAGGGAAGGAAGGGAAGAAGGAAGGGUAGGCACAUGAGAAUUAUUUAGGGCAGAGGAGUAUCAGAAUAAAUCCUUUGUAAUUCCUUAUAGAACCUGCCUCCCUCACAGUUACUGUUCAGCUUUGGAGCACAUCUGAAAACAUAUGCAGAUCACUCAUGGCAGACUGGUGGUGUGGGGUAGUUUAUUUGUUCCCUCCUGGCCUCUAUUUUAUACAACAUGGUGACUGCUUUUCAAAAACUGUCUUUUUUAGAAAGAAAAAAAAUGGUUUCAAGACCACUUAACCUCAACAAGGCCAUACUCUAAAGUGUUUACUUAGAGAAUAUAAUUUCACCUAAAAUUUUAGGAGAUUUGUUUAACAUAGUGCUUAAAAUAUUUAUGCAGGUCAUUUGUUUUAAGACUGCAUUCCAAAAUAGAAAUAGAUAGUUUUACUUGAGGUAACUAUUCACUCAUUUAUAGUGGAAGAUGGAACUUGUCCUUAUGAGGAUGGGCUCUUCAUAGAAAGGUAUGUAUAAUCCUCAGUUUUUUUAUACAAUAAUAUGAUUCAAGGUUGUCAGAUUUUGCUUGUAUAUAUCCUUCAUUAAUCCCAGUUAAUGAAAUAAUCGAGGAAAGCCGCAUAUCAGAAGAGCUGUUCUUAGUAGGAAGAGGAGAAGUUAGCAUGGUGAUUCUGCUCCUGGGCAGUCAUUCCUACGUAAUUCCUUAACAGAACGCAGCGCCUUCAAUAUGAGUUUUGAAGUGAGAUCACUUUUUUCACUUCAGAAUUUAUUGUCUAAAGAGUGACAGCAUCCUGAGUGAAGCAUAGAGCACUGGCUUCCAGUCCAUGUCCUUGUUAAACCCGAGGCCACAGAUUCCUAAUUCUCUACCACGAGUCACCUUGUGAGAUGCUCCAUUGUAACACUAGGCUACCUGAAAACAUUUAGCCACUCACAAAUACUGUCUCAAGACACUUUAAAGUGAUCUGUGCCUUACUGUAACAAGCAAAACAAUGACUUUAUGUAAGAAAGAAAAACCAAAAUUGUACGCAUUUUUGUGAGAACUGUCCAGAAACCUGGAAGCAAGUGUUGGUGCUUCACACCAUUAAAACCUUGAGUCAGCUUGUAAACACAGCUUCCCAGUGUUGUGGUGGAUACAUUAAGAAGUAAGGGACAAUAGACUGAGUUCUGAAAUUUUUAAAAAUGUGGUAUUUUUUGCUUUACCCAAAACAAAACCAAACAUUUCUAAGUUCUCUGCUGUUCAAAGUCAAUUUUUCUGCUUGCUCUGUCUUUUUAACUACUGAGCACCAACUGGAGCUCCCAAAUACACUUUUCAAAGAAGCUGCUUCCUUCUACAUGAGACUUGAUUAACACAUUGCUCUGGCCUCAGCAUCUGUGUUUCCUGUGCCUCUCAGCCAAGCCACGACUUGUCUUGAGUUUCACUUAAGCUUUGCACCCUUGGCAGUUCAGGGGACUAAAGAUAGAAGGAUGAAUUUGGGAGCUGCAAUUUCGUUAAAGUAAAGAUGUUCCUAAGUGGCGUAUGUUGGUGAUUACCUAAUGCAGCCUGUCUUAUACAUCAGAUUAUGGCGUAAUUAUUUUUCCAAUUCAAAAUUAAUAACUCCUUCAAUGUACCAGUUAGGAAAAUGGUCUAAUAUUAUCUAAAGAUAUAAGGGUAUGGGGGAAAACAAUUACCCAGCCUUGGGGAAUCAAUUAAAAGGGAAAGGAACUGCAGAUGUUAAUAAUAAUAAUAAUAAUAAUAAUAAUAAUAAUAAUAAUAAUAAUAAUAAUAGAGUUAGAUUGUACUUGCUUAGAUGGUAUUAGCUCAAGAGCCAACAGCAAGGCUGCUUUUAGGAACUGCUAUGUUAUUUAAAGUAUGUUCUGAGUACAGAAUCAUUAACUUUUCUGGUAAUUAUGUGAGUUACUAUUAUGCUGCUAAGAUCUCACUUUUAAAGGACAGAUUUGGAGACACUGCAAGGCUGAGUCCUUGCAUUGACCAUCCACAGGACGUGAUGUCCUUUUGCAGUAUGGAUAUCCACUUUCCUAGUUCAGGAAUAACUUAGGGUAUUAUAGACUGGGGUGCAGUCAUGUUGAUGGAAGUCUUAAUUUUCACAUUAAAACUUGGUAACAGCAUUUUCACGAAACAGCCCUGUUCUUUUUAGUUGAAGCCAUGAGUGACAGUGUUGUUGUUGGUAUCCUACACUGAUAUCUAAUGGUGUGACCCAGGAAUGCUUGUUUGUUAAGCAAAGUGAAGACUUUUGGUCAGCAGCAGAUGACCAUGAACAUCUUAAAAUCAGCAGUCGUUCAUUCUCCACUCAGAUUUCCAGGACAAAUUCAUCACUUUCAUGAGUAAAUUUUCUCAUGAGAACUCCACAGUUUGGUGUCAGGGAUUCAUGGAUCUGAGACGAUAUUUGAAAAUCAGAAUAGAAAUUCAGGAAUGUAAAAUGAACACCUAAAUGUAGUCUCUCUUCAGGCAUCUUGUAGUGUAGGUAGUCCAUUGUAAAAACCCCGUUCUCUCUGAGCAUUUCCCCGUCCAGCCCAGGGUCCUAUCACUGUCUGUUUCUUAAAGCUUCAAGGACUAGAAAGGCUUUGCAGCAGCCAGUUGAUGUUAUGAUUUAAUUAAGAAAUAGGGAAUUAUGUAUAUUGAGACAGAAACAUUUUAUUUUGAAAUAUAUGAUUUUGUGCAAUAUUUUUCUUGCAGAAUUUAGUUCAUAUAAAUAUGCACAUCUGCUUUUCUGGCAGAUGCCUUAAGGUCAUGUCUUUCAGUAUUUGCCUAAACUGUAUGUAGCAAUGUUCUAUGUGAUUUCAGAAAAAAAAAUUACUCUUUCUAUUGUUAGCAAAGUGUUUUUGUUUAUUUAAAAUAAUUGUGGAGAUUGCAUUAUUGUAUCAUAACUUCCUCAGCCACAAUAAAUAUGCAAUAAGAAAAUCAUGUACCUUUGAUUAGUAUUGACAAUACUGUUACUUUCACAGAAACGUUGUGGUACAAGUGCUGAUUCUGCGUGUGUACAGUUAACAGCUACUCUGCUUUGCACCACGUGAAUCUGAACGGUCUAUUUAUGUGAUAACCAUGUAUGUAGAUUCUGACAUCCUUUUUGAUGGGUCUUUGUUGAGGCUUAUAAAGGGCAUUGCCAAUACUUUUUGACUGUAAAUUAAUUUUUUUGUAUGAUGUACAGUUUGGUUAGCCUGAGAGCUUCUAUAGAUUUCUACUUUUAUUAUACUUGAAUGAGGCAGAAAGCACUGUGGGAAAUUUGCAACUCUGGAUGCAAUAUGCAGAUAUACCAAAAAUAAAACAAGGUACUGAGCAGCAAUGCUAAUGGAAUGCUUUAUGAUCCAGGGGUCAGUGUUUUUCAAGACACAUUUUAGUUAAAUGAAGUAAUUGAAGGUGUGCAGUCUUUUAUCUAGAUGGUAUAGUCACAAAUGAUUACCUCUUUGAUGUGUCAAAGCUGUAAGUCUUUUUUAACUUCUGUUUCAGUCCUUAGAUGAGGACCACCCAUGGUCCCACCUCUGACCACAUGAUGUUUAGGAAAGAGUAAAUCAACUACAUUGUACACAUUGGGUGCGUUACCUGUGUUAAAUCACCAUGUUUUAGAUAGAGUAGCUUUCAUAGGUAAUAUUCAGAACUCUUUAAUAAUCAUAUACCAAAAAUUAAAAACUUAAAAUCAGUUACAACUUAAUUGUGCCUAAAAUAACAACAAUUACAUGAACAGAAUUGAAUGUUUCCAAAGUUUGUGUCCAUUGUUUUAGCUGAAGAGUUGCUGGCUCACCAUGUAACCAGUAUUUUAAAAAAGGAAAACAACAACAACAACAAAAAACCCCACUGAGCAUUGAGGUGUGCUUCGUUGUUCUUUUGCCCUUGAGGCUACAGUAUGUCAUCUCUAAACUUGACUACUAUUGGGAAGAUGCUCUGUAUAAAAGUAUUGCUUUGUGAAUUUUUUUAAAUAUGCAAAAUUAAAUGUUGAAUGAACUCUGCAUUGCCAUACAGUACCCAACAAUGUAGUUGAAAAUAAAAUUGGUCGCAAUCGAA